UCGUCGGUUCGAGGUCGCACCGGCGGAAUCUGCGGUCGCUGGUCUGGUCGUGUGGGUCAUGGCAACGAUCGACGCCGUCUUCUUCCGGACCACGUGCGCCAAGCCCGACGUCUUCAACAGAGCCUACGUCCGGUGCCACCAGAACCAAGGCCUCAAGGUCAUCCGCUGCUUUCCGCAUUGCGACCCAAGCUGCUGCCAGCACACGUACUACCGCGGCUGCGGCACGUCCGUGAGCGUCCGCGUUCUCUCGCCGCUUGAGGCCACGACCACCGUGGCGUACGCGCGCUUCCAGACAGCGAGCGCACCGAUGUUUGCCGCCGGCGACACCGUCCAGCGCGCCGAGUUGGAGGCUGAUCUGCGGUCCCGGGCCAACCUCACGGGCACGUGGCUUAAAGGCGCGCCAGAAAUCAUGGAUGACAACCAGCUGUGCUUUCACUUUAACGAGAAACGCAGCGAAGGCUGGCACUACGACUGGCACGGCGGCUCGAGCACCAAGAAGCGCUCCGAGCUGCACCACUUGGUCGUGUACCUCUUCCGCAUCGACGAGGCAGGUGCGCUCGUCGUGUUGCGUGUUCUGACAUCUCCGCCCUUCACGCUCUCUUCGUACCGCCGCGCGAAGAGCCAAACGAAGACCAAUGGGCCGGCGCUGGCCGUGCGCGGUCGGGCGACGGCGCCGCCGCCGCCCUUCUCCUCGACGCCGCUGCCCGUGGAGCUCGUCGUGCUCCCGCAGUCGUCGACGCAAGAGUCGGCGCUGCGACUCCUUCGGCUCUUUACCUUUUGCGAUGCGAUCACGAUCGACGUCCUCGCGGACGGGUGGGAGGUCACGGAAGCCUCGAUCGUGAGCCAGCUGCACGAGCGUAUCCACGGGCACCUGCGCGGGCCGUCGCCGCCGAUCGUGCCGCUGGUGGGCGUCCGAGCACCACUGCACCCGCCGCCAUCGGCCCUCGUCACUGUCGCCUUGCACGUGAUUGCGUGGUGGUUCCACCCGUCGACGCUAUCGUGGGUCGAGGCCUUCUGUGCCCGGCACCACGCGGCCGUCGUCGACAACGUCGCGCUGCAUGAGGUCUACAACAAGGCCGUCGACACCCUCGCGGCGACAAUUGACUCACUCUUGAGCAACUUGGAUGAGAGCUUGGCGAGCUUGGCCGAGCAACUGCCGCCGGCGCCGUCGACCUCCAGUCACGCUGUUGGCUACACGACGCUCGUCAAGGUCAUGCGCGAGUCGUACAUGACGCAAGGGUUUCAGGCGCCGCGUCUCACGUCGCACGGCUACAACGGCGUCUGGGUCUGGCACGAGGCGACGCCCGACGUUCGGCGCUGGGCCCCAGCGGCACCGCCACGCCUCGUGGAUGUGCACAAGGUGCUCUCGAUGGUGUACGGUCUCGGCCUCUGCGUCGACGACCGAGGCUUGCAUGUGCGAAGUCACGUGACCUUGUGGCCGGCUGUUUGGACGCGCUUCGAACUCGACCAGCGCCCGCGCGUCUUCCAAGCCUUCCCGAACGGCGAGUCGACCUUGCUUGACGAGACAAGCACGCUCCAUGGCGACUACGUCGCGUGGUCGUCCCGAACCGCCGCCACCUCGACGGACGAGGACGACGAUGAGCUGCAUCUGCAUCUGUACAGCUGGCCCGGCACCGCAUCGGCCUCUGCGUACUGCUACAUCAUCCGGCUCGACCUACGUCUGCACUCGCCCGAUCGCCUCGACGUCUGCGUCGUCGUUGAUGUCGUCCCGGCGCCCUCGAUCGACUUUUUCGGCUCGACGGCCGACGUGCGCAUCGAGUGCCUCGAGCGAAUGCCGCGGUCCCGAGUCUUGCUCCACGCCAACGUCGUCUACAUCCGCCACCGCGUCGACGACGCAUAAAGCUAUCAACCGUCCGUCUCUCUCGUC